UAUUUAUUAUAAUUAUUGGUGAUUAAUUAACUAUUUAUUUGGACUUUAAUAAGAAUAAAUGGUAUUUUAGUAAAUUUUACGUAAAAAUGUGUUGUAUGAAUUCAUGUUUUACGUUAAGAAUGUUUGUUUGAGUCCAUGCAAUAUGUUUGUGUGAAUCUAAAUAAUAAAUGCUUAUGUAUGGUGUGUCAUGCAAGCGAAAUGGACCUAUGUGUUACGUAUUUUUACGUAAGUUUCUGUAUGAGUUUAGAGAUUCAUACUUGAAUGUAUUUUGAGUGUAUUGUUGUGUUAAUGAAUGUCUAGGAUCUUGUUCUCAACAAGGAAAUUCGUUGAGGUGCUCGAGGUAGCAAGUGUGGUCUUAGCAACUGAGGUAAGAAGAGUGGACAUCUGUGCACAGGGUGUAUGUUAUGCAUACAACUUGGGAUGGUUUGCUAUUUAAUUUGAUUGUGUUAUGAUUUCCUUAUAUUUUGUGAUCAUCGUUAGCAUGAGAAUGAUAUUAGGAUCUUGCUGCUUGUGUGAGCAUAACACUUGCAGGUUAUAACAUUAUCAUGGGUGAGUACAACUUAUGGUAAUUAAUUGCCCUGUUGGAUGCCAAGUGUGAGAAUAACACAAGGCAGGGCAGUUUACCUCAUGUCUGAUCAACAUGAGUGUAUAGUUGAUUAUCGUAUGUGAGUAUAAUGUGCGAUAUGAGACAUGAUUGGUGCAUGUGAGAACAACAUGCGUUGUGGAUAUAUUUAUGGAAUGUGAAUUACUGUUGAUUAAUAUUAAAGAGCAAAUUAUGUCAAGUAACUAGUUAGGAGGGUUAUGUCCUACAUAGCUCUUCUUACUGGGCGUUAGCUCACGGGUACUCUGUGUGCAGGUAAGGGUAAGGCUAAGCAGUGAGAAUGAAGAGCUCGAGGCGUGGACCGCAUGUUAGGGGGCUGGCACAGUAUUUUGCUUUUAGUGUUUUUAACUGCUAAACAUUUUGGAACUAUUAUUUUGACUUAACUAGUUCUUAUUUAAGUUUACAGUACUAAAAGUAUUUUGUUUUAAACAAUGAGAUCUCAUGCUUGGAUAUUUUUCAAUAAAGCAGUAUUUGAUUGUCUUUAUCUUAUUAAAUUGUUUUAUACGGACUAUCCUAUGUGACAUCUCGGGAAAUCGGGGUGUUACAAUAUGGUACCAGAGCAAUACGGUCCUAAAGAAUGUGGUUAGCCCUAACAUGUAAAGUUCACCGCCAUGAGACGAGCUCGACUCACUGUACUGAGUUUAGAAAUGCCUCCUAGAAGGUCAGUUAGAGUGGGUCGAGGUCGAGGUCGAGGCCAAGGCCAAGGCCGAGAUGAUGGAGGGAUCAAUGAACCACCUCAAGCACCACAGGGAUGGGAAGAGCGCAUUGCUGCACUGGAAGGAAUCAUUCAUAGGCAGGAUGAAGAACUUCGUCAGCUGAGACGUCAACCGGAGCCGCCAGUCCAAAUAAGGCAGGAUGUAGAAAAUAGAGACCCACCAGCUGCAGUGGUAUAUCCUGCUAUAGAGGCUAGACAUGAGUUGUUAGCAGAGAGAUUUCGGAAACAACACCCACCUGAGUUUGAGGGAGGCAUAGACCCGGUAGUGGCUGAGGAGUGGAUAAGUCGCAUAGAAAGCAUUUUGCAGAUGCUAAGGGUGGAUGGGAAUGACCGAGUGAAGUGUGCAUCUUACAUGCUGAGGAAAGAUGCUCGUAUCUGGUGGGAGGUGGUGGAACAAACAAAGGAUGUAGAUACCAUGAACUGGGACGAUUUCAAAAGGGUCUUUAAUGAGAAAUUGGCGAAAUUUGCUCCAGAUCUGGUACCUACUGAUAGAGUGCGAGCACAUCGAUUUGUGGAGGGCCUGAAACCAAUGGUUGCUCGAGAUGUGGAAAUUGUGUCAAGGGGUCAAUUCAGUUAUGCUCAAGUUGUCGAAAUGGCUCUUACGGCGGAGCGGAGUGAAAACAAAAUUUGGAAGGAAAAUGCUGCCAGGAGAGAAUCUAAGAAAGGUGGAGCCAAUUCUAAUGACCACAAGAAACGGGGACAGGACCAGUCCGGGCAGCCAAGUCAAGACAAGAGGUACAAAAGUGAUAACGACCAACGAUUUAAUGGCAGCAGUGGGCGAAACAUUCCAGAAUGCCCUAAAUGUACCAAACGUCAUCUCGGCGAGUGUCGCGCAAAAGCAUGCUACAAAUGUGGAAAAGAAGGACACAUCAAACGCAAUUGCCCACUGUGGGGACAGACUGGGAACAGAGCAGAACCCAAGAAAGAUGACAAGUCAGAUUCUUAUGGCCAACACCACUUGUAA